AAAGUAUUGGUAUCGGACGGUCGUAUUUUUGUUAUGCUGUUGUUGUUGUUGUUUAGCAAAAAUGGAUCAACAACUGCACCGUCUGACGGAUCGUCAUUACUCGGAAGUAGAGGGCUUGCUACAGGCUAUGGACAUGCCGAGCUCAGACCACGAAGAAAUCGAGUCGGAAUCGUGCCGACUUAGCCGGUACAAUGUGGCCAACCUGUAUGAGGGACGUCAGCGUUGCUACACAAUGCCGCACGUUCCCCCCGCGCCGCCCUCCACACCGACGCUGUUAACGUCCAGCAGCAACGGCAACGGCAGCAGCACUGGGAUCGGCAAUUGCACCGCCAACGGGACUGGGAAUGGUAGCUCCAGUUCACCCACCGCCAGCCUGGUGGCCGAUAAUCAAAUCAAUCAUUUUAUCUACGUAAAAAACGGUAAGAACCUGCGUCGUGAAUCACGUUGCGUUGACUCGGAGCUGUCCAAACUGUUCAACGUGGUCUCAAUCACAAAUCGGCUAACGGCCGUCAAGAACCGGACGCACAAACAGCAGCUGGCCGAGCGCGGCAUCAUAAAUGCAUCGCGCACAAUUUCCAAGCUGCACGGUGCGACGAAAAUCUUUAAGAUUCAUCGCGAUCCCAAGGAAUUCCUGCGCGAAACGGACGAGGAUUCGGUCUCGGCGCCCGAAUACGAUGAAGAGGAGGAGGACACACGUUUCCGUUUCUUUCGACGGACACGGCACUCACGCCGACACUCGUAUACGCGCAUGGAGCGUAAAUUUGCACGAUUCGAGCAUCACGAGCGCAUGGAGACGAUCGUCGAUAGCUUCGAUGCGGCCAUGAGUUUUAACGAUGCGGAUACCUGAGCGGAUGCAACAGCUGCCGCAACAGCAACUACAUCAGCAGCAGCAGCAGCAGCAGCAGCAGCAGCGGCAGCAACAACAACAACAACUGUAGCGGCAGCAUCCGGAUCCGCAGCCGCAUUCGCGGGCAACCAACACCACAGGCACGGGCAAGUGGUUCGCCGCCAAGUGCAAACCAAUGUGAUGAAUGUGAAUUUCAACUAAAUUAUUUUUAUUACUACUACUAUUAUUACGAUUAUGAUUACCGAUUAUCGAUUAUCGAACUGUUCUCUCCAUACAUUUAGUUCUUUUGCGCCGAUUGCCGUCGCGUCUUGCGGCCAACGCAUGUGUCCGAUCCCCAGAUCCAUGUGGGUUAGCCCAAGCGCAGCGCAGGGCGAGCAUUUAGUUUUUAGCUUAGUUCUUACGCCUGUGCGGCUCCCCCGUGCACCGUGCUCACCAGCAACAACGACAACAAUAAUAAUAGUAAUCAGAACAAAACCAACCAGCACAAUGUCUAGUAUUUGAAUUUGUUGUUGCCCGAGCGCGGCCAUUUGGGAGCCAAGCGAACGAUUCCAAUAAAUGCACAAAAUAAUGUGUUGUAUUUGUGAA